CCAGCAGCAGCAGCGGGGGAGGAGCAGCCGGAGCCGGAGCCGUGCAGCGGGCUGGCCCCGCUCGGGGCUGCGCGGGGAGCGGGUCCGUGCCUGUGGGCCCCGCCGGGGUAAGCCGCAGGUUUGCAGCGAUGGUAAGGGAAGAUGUAAAUGACAGUGAAGAUUCUGAACCAUCAGUAUGUGAGAGAAAUGGCAUGAUUCCCAUGCAUGAGCAAAGCGAGCAGGGACCAGCAGCAGGUGCCAAAGGUACUGAUGGGAAUGCACAAACAGAAGAAACUGCUCUCUUGAACCACUGCGCUCAACAACCUCCAGAGCCAACAGCAGGGUCUUCAGUACCUGCGAGAACAUGGAGGCAAAUAUUUGCUUGUCCUCCUCAGGGUUUACUGGCCCAAACAGUGACAAAUGUUGCAUUUGUCGUUCUGGUUUGGGCUGUGGUGUGGUCCAUAAGUGGGGCUGAGUGUCUCCCAGGUGGAAAUCUCUUUGGAAUUCUGUUUCUUUAUUUCUUUGCUGUCAUCGGAGGUAAAAUUUUUGGAUUCAUUAAAAUACGAACACUGCCCCCUCUCCCUGCUCUUCUGGGGAUGCUACUUGCUGGUUUCCUAAUCCGAAAUACCCCAUUCAUCAGUGACUUUGUCCAGAUAAACCUACGCUGGUCUGCAGCACUGAGGAAUAUUGCUCUUUCCAUUAUCUUGACCCGAGCAGGACUUGGCCUGGAUCCAAAGGCUCUUAAGAAGCUCAAAGCUGUCUGUUUACGGCUUGCUUUCGGACCGUGCCUCUCAGAAACAGGCACAGCUGCUGUCCUUGCCUACUUGUUCCUGCAUUUGCCAUGGCAAUGGGGAUUUAUAUUAGGUUUUGUUCUAGGUGCAGUGUCCCCUGCUGUGGUUGUUCCCUCCAUGCUGAUUUUACAAGCUGGGGGAUAUGGGGUGGAGAAAGGUGUCCCAACUUUGCUAAUGGCAGCUGGCAGCAUCGAUGACAUUCUGGCUAUCACAGGCUUCAACACUUGUCUUGGGAUGGCUUUCUCUUCCGGUUCUACUCUGUACAAUGUGCUCCGUGGAGUGCUGGAGGUCACUGUUGGCAUAGCAGCUGGGGGAAUUCUGGGAAUGUUUGUUCGAUAUUUCCCAAGCCAUGAUCAGGCAUCUUUGGCAUGGAAGAGAUCGUAUUUUGUACUUGGACUGUCCAUGUUUGCUGUUUUUGGCAGCAUCUACUUUGGCUUCCCUGGAUCAGGAGGGCUUUGCACAUUGGUCUUAGCUUUUGUUGCAGGUGUGGGAUGGUCGGCUGAAAAGAGGGAAAUUGAAAAAAUUGUGGCAGUUGCAUGGAAUAUCUUUCAACCUUUUCUUUUUGGUUUAAUUGGAGCAGAAGUAUCCAUUACAUCUCUUAGGCCUGAAACUGUUGGGCUCUGUGUUGCUAUAUUAGGCAUUGCCCUAGUUGUGCGAAUCAUAGCAACGUUCCUGAUGGUGUCUUUUGCUGGGUUUAAUUUCAAGGAGAAGGUAUUUGUCUCACUGGCAUGGAUUCCCAAAGCCACUGUCCAGGCUGCAAUAGGUUCUCUUGCCCUGGAUACAGCAAGACGACAUCAAGAUGAACAACUGGAAAAGUAUGGAAUGGAUGUACUGACAGUAGCUUUCUUGGCCAUCUUGAUCACUGCUCCAAUUGGAGCCCUGGUUAUCGGCUUGGCAGGGCCCAGACUUCUGCAGAAGGCUCAGACAAAUAGCAAGGAGGAUGAGGAAGGUGCGGAGGUUGGAGAAGAGGCAGAGGCCUGUGAACCUUCGUAAGACAGACAACUACAGCACUCUGGUCCUUCAACCCUUACACUUCUGUUGUGUAAAUCUGGCAUGUCUAAUCUUGCUGGAGGAACCUAGAACUAUCAGUCACCCCUGCUAUUUUUAAAGCAGCCCUGGUGGAGUUCUAUAAAAUAUUUUUAUGUGAUGAUGGUGCCUUGAGAUGAAAUAGCUGAACAUACAGUGAAUAAGAUGACCUGGCAGUGAGUCACUGAGAAGUUAGCAGUCAAGAGUUACUUGAAAUGUGUGGGUGGUGAGGCCAAGGAGAGGGUCAGAACUGUUAAGGCAUGGAGUCAUGAGGCAGAAUAUAAGCAGAAAAAAAUGGAGACUAAUGUGAAUAACUUCUUGAUGGUUGAAACUGGGCUAUGAGAUGACAAGUUAUACAACUCAAAGAAAGCAACUUCAAAGUUAGAGGUUGCUGACACAUAGUGAACAAGUCCUGCCAUCAGCUGGUUGAUGAUGGAUGAUUGAUCAGUUGGUGAUUCCCUCUCCUUCCUCAUUUGUGUUCCAAAACUUGCCUUUCCCUGUUGCUGUUCUCCCUCACAGCUGAAGCACUCCUUUGUGCCUUCAAGGACUGUCAGCUCUGGUCGUACAGCAAGUGGUACUUACAUGCUCAAAGACACAGUUGGGGCUGUCAUCGACUGGUAAUAAAGAUGUUGGUGCCAGCAGAAAAACAGAUGGAACCUGAAAAUGAGAUGAGGGCUGUGGGAUGGCUGUAAGGACUGGGGGAGGGUUGUAUGGGAUUGGGAUGGCUGCUUCUUCACCUGAGCACCUCAGCCUUCACACCACAGGAUGUCAAGAGAGAGAAGCUGUUCUAUAGCCAGGAGUAACCUCUGUUGAUCAAAAUCUUGCGCUUGCCUUUUAGGUUUGGUAUCACUUGACAGAUACCAGCAAAUCUGUCUGGCUCCAAGUAAGUUGUUGGUAACUCUAUUCUGAGGCACAUGGUCAGUACAGCAUCCAUCAGAAACUGGAAGUUACUUUGUUAUUUUUUUGGAAAGGCUAUUAGAUUGUGCCUGUAACUGAGGUGGACAACACUCCUGCAGAUUUCUACUCUACAGUUCACUGAACUCAUUUUACAGGAUACUGUGUAGAAUACAUUUGAUAGUGUCUAGAUUUUGGCAUUAGUAAGAAUGAAUCAUCUGUAUUUUACAUUUUAAAUGUUUAAUAUUCAAAACAAAAUAUGUACAAAAACACUUUUAACUACUUAAAUUCUUCUAAUGUUGACACUGUACUAUUUCCAGAGAGUCAUAUGCCAUACAAAUGAGCUGUAUAUGUAGCUGUACAUAUAUGCCUUUGUAUAAGCCUUACUCUCUAAGCAAAAAGAGAGCUUCCUGAGGAAAUAUUUAAAUUUCCUAGCCUGCAGUUCCGGCACAAUGGUAAAAAUAUCAGGAAAUUCUUUGGUAAGUUUUCUGUUAACAGUUGUCAGGUACAUUAUAUUUCUCUUAACUGUGCACACUGCUGUUCUUUCUGCUUCCUUGGGAAUGUACCAUCUUUAGUUCAGUUCAAGUUUGUCUCCUGACCCGAAAGGAAGAUGCUUUCAAACUGCACAUGAUGGGUUUGAUGCUGGAGCAAUGGUUAAGAGUGCUGUGUGUGGUCAUUAUUGUGACAUACCUGGCCUUCUGUGCCUGUCCUGCCUACUUCAGGUGCACUCCUAGUGUCCUCCUGGCCCAGUCCUGUUCAGUAUCUUUACUGAUGAUCUGGAUAAGGGGAUUAAGUGCACUGCCCCUAAAUUCAUGGACAACACAAAGUUGGGUGGCAGUGUUGAUCUGCUGGAAAGCAGGAAGUCUCUGCAGGGGAUCUGGACUGGCUGGAUCAAUGGGCUAAGACCAACAGAAUGAGGUUCAACAGGGCCAAGUGCUGAGUCCUGCCUUGGGUCACAGCAGCCCCAGGCAGUGCCACAGGCAGGGACAGAGUGGCUGGGAAGCUGCCCGGUGGAAAAGGACCUGGGGGUGCUGGUGACAGCAGCUGAACGUGAGCCAGGGCGAGCCCAGGGGGCCAAGAAGGCCAAGGGCAUCCUGGCCUGGAUCAGCAAUGGUGUGGCCAGCAGGAGCAGUGAUUGUCCCCUGUACUGGGCACUGGUGAGGCCACACCUCGAGAGCUGUGUCCUGUC